GGGCUGAGGUAAUGGGGGGGGUGGGCCUGAGGUGAGGGGAGUUCCUGAGGUGAAGGGGGGCGCAUGAGGUGUGUGAGACUCCUGAAGUGGAGUUGGGGGGAGCCCUGAGGUGAAGAUGAGGGUUCCUGUGGUGAGGGGCCCCUGAGGUGAAGGGGGGCACUGAGGUGAGGCGGUCCAUGAGGUGAGUGCUCCCUGAGGGGCCCUGUGGCCAUGCCCUCCCUGGCUGUGACAGGCCCCAGCCCCGCUGUCAGGUCCCUCCUGUUCCCCUGAGCGCAGCCCCGGGGGUUUUGGAGGGGUUGGGGCCAGGGCACCGUGGCUGUGCUGGCAGGGGGGAGGACGUGGGCAGCAGCAGAAGAGGAGCAGGGCACUAGAAGAGUGCAGGCAUAUUUUGUAUUUUGGAAGUAGGUGUUGGUGUUGUGCUCCUGAGGGCUUUUUAAGCAUGUGGUGGUGUGCCUUGUAGCUUAAUUGAGAAGAAAGCAUCCCUCCAAGCGUAAAGCACCCUGUACCAUCCCCUUAACGCUCAGUUUGAUGCUCUCUGAGAGGAGCAGGCCCAGCGAGUGGAAGAGGUUUCCCACCUUCACUGCUGCUGAAGUGCAGAAACAACUAGCCAGGCUGUGGGGUCGCCAGAAACCUCUGGUGUCCCGACUGGCACUUCUGGUGCUGGGGCUGGUUUCCAGCCGGACACGAGGCAGAAGGGACCGCUUAGUGACUUCAGCUAAUUGUGCAGCGACAGGAGAGGAACCUAUACGGCUCGCAGGUGAUGGAGAAGGUUCUCAAGAUGGCCGAAGGCAUCGACAUCGGGGAGAUGCGGACGUUCGAGCUCGUCCCUUGCAGGAAGCUGAAGAGGCAGCUCUCUCCUUCCGACAGUCCAGAGCCGGAAGAGGUUCCUGAGCCUCCCAAAAAGAUGGCCCCGAGGUUCCGGGUGCGACCGCGUUUUGAACCCAUCCACUUUGUGACCAGCGUGGAGAAGGACGACAAGAAGGAGGAUCCUCUGGAUAACCAAAUGCAGGAAGUGAACCAGGAGGCAAAUACAAACAGCGUGGCACAGCUGGCUGAGAACUGUACAAAUUCUCCCUUAGGGAACGCGCAGGAGGUGGAUCCCCAGCUCUCGAACUCAGCUGGGUUUGGCUUUGCAAGCCAGCCAGCAGCAGCCAAUAAGGCUGUGAAUAAUGCGGACGCUACCACAAGUGGCACGUUGCAGGUUUCUGUUUCUCCUUCAGCUGUCCAGUCUGUGUCAGAGACUUUCCCUCCGUCAGCUAUAAUGCUGAAGCAGAGUUUUAUCGAGAAACUGUCAGCAGCUAUCUGGAAAAACCUUGCUAACCCAGAUGCAAACACCGGGACUGAAAAAAUUAACUAUACGUAUCUUCUGACGCGUUCAAUUCAGGCCUGCAAGACAAAUCCUGAAUAUAUUUAUGCUCCUCUGAAAGAAAUCGCUCCUGCCGACCUCCCGAAGAGUAAGAAGCUCCUAACGGAUGGCUUUGCCUGUGAAGUACGAUGUCAGAAUGUCUACCUGACCACCGGUUACGCCGGCAGCAAAAAUGGAUCGCGGGACCGAGCCACGGAGCUGGCAGUCAGGCUGCUGCAGAAGUCUGUAGAAGUCAGGGUUGUUCAGCGCAAGUUCAGACACACCUACCACGAAGACCUGGUGGUGUGUGAGGCAGGCGUGAACCGCCCAGAUUUCCCUCCGGCUCUCAAACCUCAUGAGGAGUUCGUGGUCGCCAACAGGGACUGCGUCCCCAUGCAGCCUGGUUCUGAGUCUGUGAAAAAUUCCCCCAACACCAGCAAACACUGGACUAGUUUUGUCCUCACGGAGAACGCUAGCGAUGCAAUAGGAAUCCUUAACAAUUCUGCCUCAUAUAAUAAAAUGUCUGUUGAAUAUAAAUAUGACUUAAUGCCCAACCGCAUGUGGCGUUGUCGAGUGUAUCUACAAGAUCACUGCCUAGCCGAGGGGUUCGGCACCAAGAAGACCAGCAAGCACGCGGCAGCUGACGAGGCCUUGAAGAUUUUGCAGAAGACGCAGUCAAAUUUAACCGCCAUCAAAGUGACGCAGGUUCAGAAAGUGGGCUGCUCCUCGCGGGGUUCCGGAAGGAAGAAGGACCUGAAGGACCUGGUGGUUUACGAGAACUCGGAUAACCCGGUGUGCACGCUGAACGACACCGCGCAGUUCAACAAGAUGACAGUUGAGUACGUCUUCGAAAGGAUGACUGGCAUGCGAUGGAAGUGCAAGGUGCUGCUCGAAAACGAAUUCAUCGCAGAAGCAGUCGGAGUGAAGAAAUCUGUCAAGCAUGAGGCAGCAGAGGAAGCCGUGAAAAUCCUCAAAAAGACUCAGCCGACUGUUGUUAAUAAUCUGAAGAAAGGCACCAUUGAAGAUGUCAUCUCGAGAAACGAGAUUCAGGGUCGGUCAGCAGAAGAGGCUUUCAAACAGAAGAUCAAAGAAGACAACAUUGGGAAUCAAAUUUUAAGAAAGAUGGGUUGGACAGGUGGUGGCCUAGGGAAAGACGGCGAAGGAAUCAGAGAGCCUAUUUCAGUGAAGGAGCAGUUUAAAAGGGAAGGACUGGGGCUUGAUGUGGAAAGGGUAAAUAAAAUCGCUAAAAGAGAUAUCGAACAGAUCAUUCGAAACUAUGCACGCUCAGAAAGUCACGUUGACUUGACGUUCUCUACAGAACUGACGAACGACGAGCGGAAGCAGAUACACCAGAUUGCCCAAAAAUACGGUCUUAAGAGUAAAUCUCACGGGCAGGGCCACGAUAGGUACUUGGUGGUAAGCAGAAAGCGGCGCAAGGAGGAUCUCUUAGACCAGCUGAAGCAAGAAGGCCAGGUUGGGCAUUAUGAGCUCAUCAUGCCUCAGGCAAACUGAGGUUAGGUGUCCGACUUCACUGGUGGGAGUAGCGGAGAACUGAAACUUCCUAGACACCUGAUGAAAGAAAGAUGCUGCAUUUUCUUGUUGCGGGAUAUAUUAACAUUAAAAUCUUUUACCUUCCUCAUAUAAUUUCGGAAAUGUUACUAGACAAUUAGGACUGACCGAGUUCUGUUCAAGUGUAUUAGCACAGCCCCAAACCAGUAGUGCUAUUACUGUAUGUCUUUGAUAUUACUUGCUCCCUCACAUUUUAAUAGUUUUGUAAUAGCAAAAACACACGUCCAACCAUGAGGAAUUUGGCACCAUUUAAAAUUAUAGUUCCCUUAUUCUUUCUGUCCAAGAAAGGAGGAAAAAAAAGCUUUUUUUUUUUUUUUAUUACAACAAAAAAAGAAUAAAAAGCAAAGGAAAUGCAGUUUGGAGGAAUAAACCUGUAUGUAAAGUUGGUAUUAAUGACAAUAAAAAUACAGCUUUAUUU